AAUAAAAAUAAAAAUAAGAAAUGAUAGUUUGUUUAAGCUCCUCCAACCUCCCAAAACUCCAUUCCUCACCAACCUCUUCCAACCAAACCACUCCCGAGCCUCACUCCGAACCGAAGCCUCAGAAACUGAAGACUACGAGUAGCCCUCAGCUGAACCACUGGUCCAGAGCUCGCGCCAUCCGCUCCGGCCGCAAAUUGGACCGACCGGGCCACCGGUCCACCAAUACAGUUGUUGAAGGGAACUCUCCUGUUCAUCUUCAACUCAAUGAUGGGGCUUCUUUAGAGCGUGAAAAAAUAAGUGACGGCCACGAUGUCGUGGAGGCGGCGAAGUCCAUUUACAUGGUCUCUGACGGCACUGGAUGGACGGCGGAACACUCCGUUAACGCUGCUUUGGGCCAAUUCGAGCACUGUUUGGUUGAUCGGGGAUGCGCUGUAAAUACACAUCUCUUCUCAGGGAUUGAAGAUCUAGAGCAGUUAAUGGAGAUAGUAAAGCAAGCAGCUAAGGAAGGAGCAAUGCUUGUUUACACUUUAGCUGAUCCUUCCAUGGCAGAGUCUGCGAAGAAGGCCUGCGAGAUUUGGGGAAUACCGUUCACUGACAUAUUGGGUCCAAUUACAGAGGCAAUUGCAUCCCAUCUUGGUGUUUCACCGUCUGGCCUUCCACGUGGAGCUCCUGGCCGGAAUGUUCCUCUUAGUGAGGAGUACUUUCGACGGAUUGAAGCAAUUGAGUUUACCAUUAAGCAAGAUGAUGGAGCAUUGCCUCAAAACUUGAAGAAGGCUGACAUUGUUCUAGUGGGUGUUUCUCGUACUGGGAAAACUCCACUAUCCAUUUAUUUGGCACAGAAAGGAUACAAAGUGGCAAACGUACCAAUUGUGAUGGGUGUGGACUUGCCAAAGAGUCUUUUUGAGGUUGAUCCAGAAAAAGUUUUUGGUUUGACUAUAAAUCCAUUGGUUUUGCAGACAAUUAGAAAAGCAAGAGCCAAGAGUCUGGGGUUUAGUGAAGCAACAAGGAGUAAUUAUUCUGAGAUGGAUCAUGUUAGGGAGGAACUGGAAUUUGCCAGGAGCAUUUUUGCACAGAAUCCUGUUUGGCCUGUUACUGAAGUGACAGGCAAAGCAAUUGAAGAAACUGCUGCAGUUAUACUGAGACUCUAUCAUGACCGGAAAAACAGGUGCUCAAUGCCACGAAUCGCAAAGCGCUACUAGAAAGGGUAAAAUUCAUGUUCUCAAAACUGCUUAAAUGUGGAUGUGAAAUAUUAGUGAGCCUAUAUCAGAUUGUAUAAUAGAUUGUAAAUUCAAUAGAAAUAUAGUGGAACAUAGCGAAGGAGUAUGCUUUAUUAAUUUUCUUUUCAAUCA